AUGACGUCAUGCAACGUCAUAUCAAUAAAACGAUAAUCCUUUUGUUAAAAAAUGCUGAGUCAUCCUCUUAAGAAAUGACGUCAUGAGAACGGGCUGUUGCGCAAUAUUUCAUUCAAGAAAAUGAAAUAAAAGCGAGUGGAACAACGCCAAAGUGAUAUUUUCUGGAAGAUGUUCAAUUGCGAAAGAUGACCGGUCCUCAAACACAAGCCCCUUGGUCCUCCCAAUGCAACGCAUUGCCGUCGUGUAGACCCACGCAUAGUUGGGAUAUGGCCGGCAGCCUUAAUACGGUCUCUGAAUUUUGUCAAGAAAUGGAACAGGCCCCAAUGGCUCAAGUGCCUUUGGAAGAGGGAUCGAGGAAAAGAUCGUUGGUUGAACAAAGAAUGACCGCGCCACUAAGGACCCUGAAAGUAUUAGAGCCAACGGAUUUAUCGUCUAGCGCCAGAUUUAAAUUGACGGAGGGACGCCAUGUUGUAAUUGAAAAGUUUCGCGCGUUGCCUUACGUAAAAAUAAGGGAUUAUCACCAAGUCAAAAAGAAGGGCUUUCCAUUGGUUCCCGGUCGAGGGAUUAAUCUUCCCGUGACGGAGUGGGAGUGCCUUAAGACAAUGAUUCCCGAAAUUGACGCGGCCAUCGACCAAAUUCCAUCGUAAAUUGGCGGGAAAUUUCCUUGCUACGAACAAAGAAGAGAAAAAUGGAUAAAAGGGGUAGAGUCGGCCCUCGAGACCCAUCUUGCUCCAACGCAACCAUCAGCACCACCAGUACCAUCAGCACCACCAGCGCCAUCAGCUUCAACAGCACCGCCAGCUUCAUCAACAGCAUCACCUCUCUGCUUUCUCAGCACCAUCUAUCUUAUACGCCAUGGCCCAACAGUUUUUUGGACCCAAGUUUAACGCCGAGGAGGAGUGGCGGCAGUUGGACGGCCGCGUGGCUGACGAACACCCCAUGUGGGGACCCGCUCAACGGGAAAUGGAUGUUGAACAUGUCGAUCUGGUCGAAGACGGAGGUCAAAUCGAUAGAUUUGACCAUGUCAGACGAUGAUUUGUAUUUGUAUUUCAUACGCAGACGACGACGUGUUUUUGCCGGCAAGCCCGGCACCCGCUCCACCCAGCCCGGCACCCGCUCCACCAAGCCCACCCAUCCUACCACCCAACGAGGACCUCUUCACUGA